CAACUGUUCAAGGAUAGAACCUUUCUCUGACCAGAGUCGUCCGCCUCAGAAUCAACCACGAUGGCUUCAUUUCUUCGCGCCUUCUCGCUAUCAGUGAGAUCAUUGACCCCAAGCAAUGCCAUGGGCGCUUUUGCGACUCGCGCCAACUGGUCGCUUUUUGCCAGCCCCUCAACGACGCCCAUCUCUCGAGCACUCGGAAACGGUUUGAUGCAACAGACUCGCGGCAUGAAGGUUCACAGUUCGGUAAAGAAGCGAUGCGAGCACUGCAAGGUUGUCCGACGGAAAGCCGGCAAGCGACAUAACGGAUACUUGUAUAUCAUCUGCAAGGCGAACCCUCGACACAAGCAACGACAAGGUUAAUUCCGAAUGACGAGAUACGGGAGAAUAUGUACGAUAUGUGUGAACGAACUGCGAAUCGGACAUUGCUAGACGGGGCGACGGGAAGCAUUGCGCAUGAUAGAACGAACGAAACACUGGGCGAUUCUUUCAGC